CCCGGUUUCUCAGACCAUGUGGUUGAUGAUAAACACAGUUUAAUAUCUCGCCAUGUUAAGCUUUUUGGUUUUAACAUUUGUUCGAUUUUAGUUCGAUUUCUUACCGCGCGCUCACUAUUAUUUGUCACCAUGUCUGUUUCCGACGAUGUGAAUUUUGAAACCCAGAUUGCGUCUGUUUUGGAUUCACUUGCAAAGGUGGCGGUGGUGGAAAUAACGAAACUGUUCGAGAGUCGCUUCCUUGCUUCGGGAACCACUAUUCUCAUUGAAGGGCGGAGUGAACAAAAUGAAACCUUGCAAACAGUGGACGCUGUAAAAAAGUCUGGCAAAAAAUGUCUUCGCAGUAUCGGAGUUCAAGUGGAUGAGGAAACAACAACGUCCUUAGAGCUACAUGAAAACCCAAAAAAGUGCAUGUCCUUGGAGGGAGGCAGUGGUUCUUUGAAUGGGAGCAAUGAGGAGGAGGGUCCUGCACAUCGUAUCCCCCUGCUGAAGGCUAAUCAGCCUGCUGAACUCAAGUGCUCUGUUCUAGAAGAGAAGGUUGUGGAGAUGGUGGAGGAGAUUAGUCUGGAAACAAAAUCUUCAACAACCACUGAGCCAGAAGAAGAACAAGUGAUAUAUUCUGCCACUGUGGAUCCAAUCCACCUUUAUGUUCCUGUUCAAAGCUCCCCAACUAAGCAGAAACCCCAGCCCCUCAAGACAGAAACUGAGAAUGGAAUCAACAUAGAAUGUGAGACUAAAGUCAUCUGCCAAAUGGUCCCAAAGGCAGAGGAGGACAUAACACGACAGCCUGCAUGUAAAGAAAAGCCUACCCAGAUGGAGCCCCAGCAGGCCAGUUACAGCACCGCCAAAGGGACAGCCUACAGCCCAUCCUCCUCAGAUGGGGCUUUGGUUCCUGUACAGGCUAAGAGUAUGUUGAAAUUUAUGGGUGUAACAAACGCUCCCUCUGCUCUAAUGAAGAAAAAGGUGGAUGUCAAGCUGGAAAAGAAAAAGAAGGUGGCUUUCAAGCUGGACCAGACAAAGAAGAAGGUGGACUUCAAGCUGGACCAGACAAAGAAGAAGGUGGACUUCAAGCUGGACCAGACAAAGAAGAAGAAGGUGGACUUCAAGUUGGACCAGACAAAGAAGAAGAAGGUGGACUUCAAGCUGGACCAGACAAAGAAGAAGGUGGACUUCAAGCUGGACCAGACCUCCUUGGAGCAGAAGUUGACGAGGCCUUGCUCUGUCCAGCUGGUGAACCUGCUUUUGGUACCCGGAAGAAAGAACUCUGGAGGGAAGAAGGCUAAUGGUAGCAACUGUCAUGACAACAAGAGGUUCCCCAUGCCAAAGGACCUCAAGACCCACCAAGGCCUCCACACGGGCCGACGCCUCUGCUGCUUCACUCAGUGUGGGAACGGUGUCUGGCGGCUGCAAGGGGUCCUCUCCUCAAGCCGUGCCCAUGGCUGCAAGAUCUGUGGGAAGCGCUUCAAGCGCAGGAAGAUCCUGAGGAGGCAUGAGCGCUUCCACACCGGUGAGAAGCCCUACUCCUGCUCCCAGUGCUCCAAAACGUUCGCCCUGCGGAAAAGCCUCCGCAGGCACGAACGGUUCCAUACAGGGCAGAGACCUCACAGCUGCCCCCAGUGUGGGAAGAGCUUUCGUCUCAGGGACAAUCUGAAGGCUCAUCUGCGCUUUCACACUGGUGAGAGACCUUUCACCUGCUCCUUCUGCUCCAAGAGCUUCAGAAUCUUCCGGAAUCUUGAGAAACACAGCAUUGAUCACUUGGGAGCGACAGCGAAAUAGCACAUUUUCCGGCGAAAGACAACUGUGCUAAAAGCAUGAGCAGCCUUCUGUAGGCCACCUUACAAAACUGUCCUACCUCUAACUGAAACUACUGAAUGUCCAUUCCUCAUUAUAACCAACCAUGUUGGUUAUUUUUGAUAAGGUGCUAUGAUGGUAAAUUGCAAUCAGGUUUGGAUUGUCCAGAAUGAUCAUCAGAGUGUAAGCUUCAGUGGACACUGAUGUUGUUGACAGCCAUAAUGUUCUAAUACGGUAAGGGCCUGUUUUCCAGACACAGAUUAUGCUUAAUUUUAAACCAAAAAGUAAUUUCAAUGGAGUUUUUCUAUUGCGCAUGCUGGACUAGGCUUAAAGAGACUCUUUGGGAUUUUGGCAAUGAAGCCCUUUAUCUACUUCCAGAGAGUCAGAUGAACUCAUGGAUACCAUUUUUAUGACUCUGCAUUCAGUUUGAAGGAAGUUGCUAACUAGCACAAUGACUGGAAGUCUAUAGUAACUGCUAGUAUGCUAGUAGAUAACAUAGAUUUCCGGUCAUUGCUCUAACGCUAGUUAGAAUUGGCUUGCGAAACUACACUAUAUGACCAAAAGUAUGUGGACACCUGCUCGUUGAUAUCGGAAUGAGAUGGUCAAACUUUACAGUUGGCACUAUGCAUUGGGGCAGGUAGCGUUCUCUUGGCAUCCGCCAAACCCA